CGUAUUGUAGCAAACCAAUACAAUACAAACAAACCAAUCUUGGCUCAUAUUUUGCCAUGUCUUCCUCAUCAAAAGCUUUCCAAUGGUUAAGCCUAGUGGGCAUCAUAUGGCUUCAAUCCAUAAAUGGAACAAACACAACCUUCCCUGCUUACUCAUCCCAACUCAAGAACAGUCUCUCCAUGUCCCAAAUACAAAUCAACAAUCUCGUCUUCGCCUCUGACGCAGGGAAACUCUUUGGUUGGUUUUCCGGCAUUGCUGCUAUUUACCUUCCCCUUUGGCUAGUCCUCAUAAUCGGAUCACUUCUCGGGUUGAUUGGCUACGGCGUCCAAUUUCUAUUCGUAACAAACCAAAUCUCAUCUCCAGCAUAUUGGCAAAUAUUCUUGCUCACCAUGGUGGCAGGCAAUAGCGUCUGUUGGAUCAAUACCGUUUGCUAUGUUGUUAGUAUUCGAAACUUUCCGCUUCUCCAACAGGUUGCUGUGGGACUAACAACAAGUUACCAGGGAUUGAGUGCAAAAAUCUACACAGAUAUUGUCAGUGCUGCCUUUUCUUCUUCACCUCAUAAGAGAGCACAGGCCUAUCUUCUUCUAAACUCUCUCCUGCCUUUACUAGUCUGUGCUGUAGUGGCACCAUUGGUGAGAAACAUUGAUGUGGGAACAGGGGAGCCAAGAAACAUGGCAACGGGGUUCAAUUUAAUGUUUGUGAUAACCAUUGCCACCGGAAUCUAUGCCGUCAUCACCAGUUUAGGAUCAAUGAUCGGCUUAGACAGAGCGAUAGGCACCGGAGUAUUCCUACUGAUGCCCUUGGUAAUCCCAAUUGUGGAAAAAAUCAGAGAAAAAAUAUCAAGAAGAUGGAACCUAGACAGAGAGAACAGAGUGUACAAUGUCAGCAUAGAUGAUCAGAAUGGCCUAGAGAGCAUAGAGAGUGGUGUAGUGAAAGAGGAAGAAGAAGAGGAGCAUAGUACAGUGCAGGUUCACAAUGGGGUUGGUGAAGUACAGGUACAUCAUGGGAUUGGUGUUAAAGAGGAGAUUGGAGUGACGUUGAUGGUGCAAAGGAUAGAUUUCUGGUUAUAUUUCCUAGCUUAUUUUUUCAGUGCAACAAUUGGGCUCGUGUUCUUGAACACCUUGGGACAGAUAGCAGAGGCAAGAGGCUCAUCUAAGACUUCUUCUCUGGUUUCUUUAUCUUCUUCCUUCGGGUUCUUUGGCCGUCUCAUGCCUUCACUUCUGGAUUAUUUCUUCGCAAGAAGCAAGUAUAUGAUUUCAAGGCCUGCAUUCCUAAUGGCAGUAGCGGCACCAAUAGCCGGAGUUUUUUUCUUGCUUCUCAACCCAGCUAACGUCUCUCUUAUCAUCAGUACCGCCAUUAUAGGAGUGUGCACUGGAGCAAUUACUUCUAUUUCAGUGUCCAUAACCACAGAGCUAUUCGGGACCAAAAAAUUCUCAAUAAAUCACAAUGUGGUGGUUGCGAAUAUCUCAAUCGGGUCGUUUCUUUUUGGCUACUCAUCUGCUCUUCUUUAUAGUAAGGAAGGAAAUGAAGAUGGUAGCUGCUUGGGAAUGGCUUGUUACAGAAUCACCUUCAUUAUCUGGGGUAGUCUUUGUACGUUUGGGACUGUCCUUGCUUUAACGCUAUAUGCAAGAACAAGAAAGUUCUACUCCAAAAGAUCAUAGACGGCGAGUUAAAAGUUUUUGUUUUUGUUUUUUUAUUAUUUUUUUUCCAGAAAAGUUUAUAGCUGUAGACCUAUAGAUGAACAGUGCGUUGAGAAUUAGUAUAUAGUAAAUUAAUGAUAAGGGGAUGACCAUGUGAUCAGUAUUGACGGAAUUUCUUCUAUGCACUAGUAGUGCAAGUGACACAAUACUUAUUAGGUAAUCUCAAUUCUUGAUAUUUAUAGUCAACUUUUUUUUUUUUAAUAACCAAAAAGUCUACUCAAUGUUAUCCAACUGUCCAGUCUUGAUAGUGCAUGUGCAUGCUGGUUCUUUGAAUCCCUUCCCAGUAGAUCAAUAAUCUAACUUCGUGAGGAACAAGGUAGUUGUAGUAAAAAAACAGUAUUUACAGUAUUGCUUAUUACAAAUUAAUAUAGAG